AUGUCUCAAUCAGCGGUGCAGUCAGUGUUGCGCAACCAGGUUCGAUCGAAGGUGCGAUCGAGCAUCUCUGUCCAUCAAAUACAAAAGUGCACACUGGCAACUGUUGCGCCGAUUACUUCCUUGACCAACUCUGGAAAGGGUCAUAAAGUGGUUGUUGUCGGAGGUGGAGCUGCAGGUCUCGCUGUCGGCCAUCAACUGCUACGUAGUGGCAAGUUUGCAGCAAAUGACAUUGCCAUCAUCGAUCCUGCAGAUCACCAUAAUUAUCAGCCAGGAUGGACUCUCGUUGGGGGUGGGCUGAAGAAGAAGGAAGACUUGCAAAGGCCGAUGCAAAGCUUGAUUGAUUCAAAGUUGAAGUUCUAUCAGGAGGCAGUGACUGGCUUCGAACCAGACAAGAAUGUCGUGGCAUUGAGCAAUGGAGACAAAAUCACCUAUGAUCAAUUGGUUGUUGCGCCAGGCAUCAAGAUCAACAUCGAAGCCAUCGAUGGUCUAUCUGAUGCUCUCCAAGACCCCGACUCAAUGGUGACCACAAUCUACAGUUACGACCACUGCUGCAAGGUUUUCCCGGCGAUCAAACGGUUUAAACAAGGCAACGCGCUCUUCACGCAGCCAACAGGCAUUGUCAAAUGUGCCGGAGCACCUCAGAAGAUCAUGUGGUUGGCACUAGAUCAUUGGAAACAACAAGGCUCGUAUUUGCCAAAGGCGCCUUCGCAGUCACCUAUCAAGAUGACCUUUGCAACUGCUUUACCAGUCAUGUUCGGGGUGCCCAAAUACAGCCAGAGACUCAACCAGCUGAGAGAGGAGCGAGGAGUUGACGCCAUGUUCGAACACGACCUCAUCUCCGUGAAAGACAAGGUUGCCACCUUCAAGAGUGCCAACAGCAAAGAAUUGAUUCACAAGCCAUUCGACUUCCUUCACGUGGUACCAAAAAUGGGACCAUAUCCAUUCAUCAAAGACAGCCUCCUUGCCAAUGAAGCAGGAUUCGUCAACGUCGACGAGACGACUCUUCAACACAAGGAAUAUCCCAACGUUUGGUCACUCGGCGACGCCGCAGCCCUUCCCACUUCGAAGACUGCCGCCGCAAUCACGGCACAAACUCCUAUUGUGGUUCAAAACGUACUCAAAACACUUGAAGGAUCAAAGACAUUGAGUUUGUAUGACGGAUACACUUCUUGCCCGUUGACAACCGAGUACGGUAAAGUCAUGUUGGCUGAGUUCAAAUACGGACCUGAACCAAAAGAGACAUUUGGUAAAUUUUUGGGCAUUGAUCAAGCCACACCACGACGGUCUUUCUAUUACAUGAAGAAAGAUUUCUUUCCUUGGGUGUAUUAUAAGUCGAUGGUUAAGGAUUCCUCAGAGCCGGUGUUCGCUGCAGCUCAUGAUCCAAAUAUUGCAUUUUCGUUCUCUUGUGUUCGAGACCAUGCUGAGGUUUCGGCAAAUGUGAUUCAAGAAAAGGAGAGGGAUUUCUAUGCGACUUAUCAAUUGACAAGUACCAUGCCAAUGAAAUAUACGGAGUAUAUUCGAUCGGUGGGAGAGUUUUUGGGUGUGACCUUCCAAGUUAAGCAGGUUCCAUAUGAGGAGGCUGUGAAGAUGUAUUGUAAGGGAAUUAUUGGGAGCGAAGAGGUGGAUCAGGUUUAUAGGGAUGAGCCGGAGAGACUUCUGUUGUAUUACAACAGGCGAGGUAUUGAAGGAAGUCCUGGGAUUUUGCAAUGGUUGCUUGGUAGACCGGGGAUAACACCAGCGGAAUUAGCUGUGUCGAUAUUGGAAAGUAGUAGGGAAAGCUCAUCUAGAUAG